ACAGGGGAAGCGGGAAUUCCUCCUUUUGCCAUAAAUUGUAUGCAAAUGGGUUCCUUCCCUGGCUCAGAGCCUGGUGGGAGUGUGUCUUUCAUGAGCUAACCCUGUUCCGCUGGGAGGGCUGUUCCUUUAAUUCACCAACUGAAAAAGUGGGAAAGGAUGUCUGGAGGCGAGGCGUCCCAUUACAGAGGAAGGAGAUUGCUAUAUAAGCCAACCAAAGCUGGCUGCUCUGGCCACAACCUGCCUACUGUCAUACGCCAUCCUCUCCUCCGCCAGACACAGGAGCACGCCUCUGGCCUCAGGUCUUGCACGAAGACAGCGCCCCGGCUGGCGGGCGGCUGGGGGACUGCACAGCACGUGGGAACCCCACUGCUGCUCACGGCCAGGUACUUCUUCCCGCCGAACUGCUGUGCACCCGCCAAGACCUGGGUCUCUCCGCUGCGGAAAGAAGAUAAAUUUUUAAAAGAUCAAGGACGACUGAUUUGGAUUCUGUCCUGUGCUUCAGAUUCUAUAAUUCUACUCCAGUGAGACGCCCUAAAAAUCUUAAAACUCUAGCAACCCCCACCUCUGCCAUGGGGGCUGUGACUUGGCUGUUUCCAGGCAUUUUCCUGGCUUUGUUUGUCCUAUCUACUGAAGGCGGUGUACUCAAAAGAAUCAUCCGGCACAAGCGACAGAGUGGAGUGAACGUUACCCUGCCAGAAGAGAAUCACCCAGUGGUGUUUAACCAUGUCUACAAUAUCAAGCUGCCCAUGGGCUCCCAAUGUUCAGUGGAUCUAGAAUCAGCCAGUGGCGAGAAAGACCUCGCUCCAGCACCUGAGCCCAGUGAAAGCUUCCAGGAACAUACAGUAAAUGGGGAAAACCAAAUUGUCUUCACACAUCGCAUCAACAUCCCGCGCAGGGCCUGUGGCUGUGCCGCAGCUCCUGAUGUCAAGGAGCUCCUCAACAGGCUGGAGGAGCUGGAAAGCCUGGUGUCCUCCCUGAGGGAGCAGUGCACCAUGGGAGUCGGCUGCUGUCCCCAGGCUGCUGAAGGCCGCCUGGACACCAGGCCCUUCUGCAGUGGCCGGGGCAACUUCAGCACUGAAGGAUGUGGUUGUAUUUGUGAACCUGGCUGGAAAGGACCCAAUUGUUCUGAGCCUGAAUGCCCAAAUAACUGCCAUCUUCAAGGCCAGUGCCUCGACGGACAAUGUGUCUGUGAUGAGGGCUUCACUGGCGAGGACUGCAGUCAGCUGGCUUGUCCCAGUGACUGCAAUGACCAAGGUCGGUGUGUGAAUGGGGUCUGCAUCUGUUUUGAAGGCUACACUGGCACUGACUGCAGCCAGGAGAUCUGCCCAGUGCCCUGCAGCAAGGAGCACGGCACAUGCAUAGAUGGCCGGUGUGUAUGCCAGGAUGGCUUUGCUGGUGAAGACUGCAAUGAGCCCCUGUGCCUCAACAACUGCUACAACCGAGGGCGGUGUGUGGAGAAUGAGUGCGUGUGUAAUGAGGGCUUUACAGGUGAAGACUGUAGUGAGCUCAUCUGCCCCAAUGACUGCUUUGACCGGGGCCGCUGUGUCAAUGGCACCUGCUACUGUGAAGAAGGCUUCACUGGCGAAGACUGUGGCAAACUCACCUGUCCAAAUGACUGCCAUAACCAGGGCCGCUGUGAGGAAGGGCAGUGUGUGUGUGAUGAUGGUUUUGCAGGUGCAGACUGCAGUGAGAAGAGAUGCCCUGCUGAUUGUCACCACCAUGGCCGCUGCCUCAAUGGGCAAUGUGAGUGUGAUGAUGGGUUCACAGGCGCAGACUGUGGUGAACUCCAAUGUCCUAACAGCUGCAGUGGCCGUGGCCGCUGUGUCAAUGGGCAGUGUGUGUGUGAUGAAGGCUACACCGGGGAGGACUGCAGCCAGCAGCGGUGUCCCAGUGAUUGUCACAACCGGGGCCGCUGUGUGCAAGGCAAGUGCAUAUGUGAGCUGGGCUUCAAAGGCUAUGAUUGCAGUGAUAUGAGCUGCCCCAAUGACUGUCACCAGCAUGGGCGCUGUGUAAAUGGCAUGUGCGUCUGUGACGAUGACUACACGGGAGAAGACUGCCGUGAUCGCCGCUGCCCCAGGGACUGCAGCCACCGGGGCCGCUGUGUGGAGGGGCAGUGUGUGUGUGAGGACGGCUUCACUGGCCCCGACUGUGCAGAACUCUCCUGCCUGAAUGACUGCCAUGGCCAGGGACGCUGUGUGAAUGGGCAAUGCGUGUGCUAUGAAGGUUUCACGGGCAAAGACUGCAAGGAACGAAGGUGUCCCAAUGACUGUCAUGGUCAGGGCCAUUGUGAGGAUGGCCACUGCAUCUGCCAUGAGGGCUUCACGGGUGUGGAUUGUGGGCAGCGUUCCUGCCCCCGUGACUGCAGUAACUUGGGCCAGUGUGUCUCCGGCAGGUGCAUCUGCAACGAGGGCUACACCGGAGAAGAUUGCUCAGAGGUAUCCCCUCCUAAAGACCUCAUUGUCACAGAAGUGACAGAAGAAACUGUCAACCUGGCCUGGGACAACGAGAUGCGGGUCACAGAAUACCUCAUCAUGUACACACCCACACAAGCAGAUGGCUUGGAAAUGCAGUUCCGUGUGCCCGGGGACCAGACGUCCACCACCAUCCAGGAGUUGGAGCCCGGUGUGGAGUACUUCAUCCGUGUCUUUGCCAUUCUGGAGAACAAGAGGAGCGUUCCAGUCAGUGCCAGGGUGGCCACCUACUUGCCUGCUCCUGAAGGCCUAAGAUUCAAGUCUGUCAAGGAGACAUCUGUGGAAGUGGAAUGGGACCCUCUAGACAUUGCUUUUGAAACAUGGGAAAUUAUCUUCCGGAACAUGAAUAAAGAAGAUGAGGAAGAAAUCACCAAAAGCCUUAGGAGACCAGAGACCUCUUACCGGCAAACAGGUUUAGCUCCCGGGCAAGACUAUGAGAUUUCUCUGCACAUCGUGAAAAACAAUACCCGGGGACCUGGCCUGAAGAGGGUAACCACUACCCGCUUGGAUGCACCCAGUCAGAUUGAGGUGAAAGAUGUCACAGACACCACAGCUCUGGUUACAUGGUUUAAGCCUCUGGCUGAGAUCGACAACAUUGAACUCUCCUAUGGCGUCAAAGGCGUGCCAGGCGACCAGACCGUUAUCGAGCUCACACACGAUGAGAACCAGUACUCCAUCGGGAAUCUGAAGCCUGACACCGAAUACGAGGUGUCUCUCAUCUCUCGCAGGGGUGACAUGUCUAGCAACCCGGCCAAAGAGACCUUCACAACAGGCCUGGAUGCUCCCAGGAACCUCCGACGUGUCUCCCAGACUGACAACAGUAUCACCCUGGAAUGGAGGAAUGUCAAGGCAGCCAUCGACAGUUACAGAAUUAAGUAUGCACCCAUCUCGGGAGGUGACCAUGCUGAGGCUGAUGUCUCAAAGAGCCAACAAGCCACAACCAAAACCACCCUUACAGGUCUGAGGCCAGGCACAGAAUAUGGGAUUGGAGUCUCCGCCGUGAAGGAAGACAAGGAGAGCGAUCCAGCGACCAUCAAUGCAGCCACAGACUUGGAUGCCCCUAAGGAUCUUCGCGUUACUGAUACCGCAGACAACAGCUUGACCCUGUUCUGGAGGACACCAAUGGCCAAGUUCGACCGUUAUCGCCUCAACUACAGCUCCCCUACAGGUCAAUCAGCAGAAGUGCAGCUCCCAAGAGACACCACUUCCUACCCGCUGAGAGGGCUGCAACCGGGACAGGAAUACACCAUCCUCCUGACAGCUGAAAAGGGUAGACAUAGGAGCAAGCCUGCACGGGUGAAGGCAUCUACCGAACAAGCCCCUGAACUGGAAAGCCUCACCGUGACUGAGGUUGGCUGGGACGGCCUCUCACUCAACUGGACCACAACUGAUCAGGCCUAUGAGCACUUUGUCAUUCAGGUGCAGGAGGCCAACAAGGUGGAGGCAACCCAGAACCUCACCGUGCCAGGCAGUCUCCGGGCUGUGAACAUCCCAGGCCUCAAGGCUGCCACCCCUUACAGAGUGUCCAUCUAUGGGGUGAUCCAGGGCUAUAGAACACCCGUGCUUUUGGCUGAGGCCUCCACAGGAGAAACUCCCAAUUUGGGAGAGGUCACGGUGGCCGAGGUGGGCUGGGAUGCCCUCAAACUCAAUUGGACCGCUCCAGAAGGGGCCUAUGAGCACUUUUUCAUUCAGGUGCAGCAGGUUGGCACAAUAGAGGCAGCCCAGAACUUCACGGUUCCAGGAGGAUUGAGGUCCAUGGCCCUGCCAGGGCUCACAGCAGCCACUCUUUAUAAGAUCACUAUUCGUGGGGUCACUCAGGACUUCAGCACCACCCCUCUCUCUAUUGAAGUCUUGACAGAACAGAGGCCAGAGCUGGGAAACCUCACAGUGACCGAGGCUAGCUGGAAUGCUCUCAGACUGGACUGGACCACACCAGAUGGGACCUAUGACCAGUUUGUCAUUCAGGUCCAGGAGGUUGACCAGGUGGAGGAGGCUCGCAAUCUCACAGUUCCUGGCAGCCUGCAGUUUGUGGAAAUCCCAGGCCUGAGAGCCAGCACGCCUUACAAAAUCACCCUGCAUGGAGAGGUCAGAGGUCGCAGCACUCGACCCCUCGCUGUGGAGGUCAUCACAGAGGAGCUCCCCAAGCUGGGAGACUUAACCGUGACUGAGGUUGGCUGGGACGGCCUCUCACUCAACUGGACCACAACUGAUCAGGCCUAUGAGCACUUUGUCAUUCAGGUGCAGGAGGCCAACAAGGUGGAGGCAACCCAGAACCUCACCGUGCCAGGCAGUCUCCGGGCUGUGAACAUCCCGGGCCUCAAGGCUGCCACCCCUUACAGAGUGUCCAUCUAUGGGGUGAUCCAGGGCUAUAGAACACCCGUGCUUUCGGCUGAGGCCUCCACAGCCGAAGAACCUGAAAUUAGAAACUUAACUGUUUCUGACAUAACUCCUGAGAGCUUCAAUCUCUCCUGGACAGCCACUGAUGGAAUCUUCGAGAUCUUUACCAUUGAAAUUAUUAAUUCCAAUAGGUUGCUGGAGACGAUGGAAUACAAUAUUUCUGGCGCUGAGCGAACUGCCCACAUCUCAGGGCUAACCCCUAGUUCUGAUUUUAUUAUCUACCUCUCUGGACUUGCUCCCAGCAUCCGAACCAAAACCAUCAGUGCCACAGCCACCACAGUAGCUGAAUCUCUCAUCAGCCACCUCACUCUCUCAAAUGUGACCUGGGGCAGUAUGUUCAUCUCAUGGAAAGCGCAGGAGCCUGCUUUUGAUAGUUUCCGUAUACAAGUUAGUAAUUCUGACAACCCCCAGGAGACAGUGGAGUACUCCGUGCCUGGGGCAUCUCGCAAUUCUGUCAUCACCAACCUCAAAGCUUCUUCUAAUUACACUGCCUACCUUCAUGGGCUGAUUGGCGGGCAACGUGCUCAUACUCUGAUGGUCCAAACAACCACAGAACCAGAACCAGAGUUGGGCACGCUAAUCUUUAGCAAUAUUACUCCUGACAGCUUCAACGUUUCGUGGACCAGUCAAGCUGGGCUUCUUGCAAAGAUUGUUGUCAAUGUGAGCGAUGUUCGCUUGCUGCAUGAGGCCCAGCAUGUCACAGUCUCAGGAGAUGCACAGCAAGCUCACAUCACAGGCUUAGUGGAGAACACUGCCUAUCACGUUAGUGUGGCAGGGACCAGCUGGGCUGGCGACUCCACCAGACCCCUCACUGCCUUGGUCACUACAGAGGCCCUGCCCCUUCUGGAAAACCUAACCAUUUCCGACAUUAACCCCUACGGGUUCACAGUUUCCUGGAUGGCAUCGGAGAAUGCCUUUGACAGCUUUCUAGUUACCGUGGUGGAUUCUGGGAAGCUGCUGGACCCCCAGGAAUUCACCCUUUCAGGAACCCAGAGGAAGCUGGAGCUCAGAGGCCUCAUAACUGGCAUCGGCUAUGAGGUUGUGCUCUCUGGCUUUACCCAAGGGCAUCAAACCAAGCCCUUGUUGGCUGAGGUGGUUACAGAAGCCGAACCGGAAGUGGAUAACCUUCUGGUUUCUGAUGCCACUCCAGAUGGUUUCCGUCUGUCCUGGACAGCUGAUGAAGGGAUGUUUGACAGUUUUGUUCUCAAAAUCAGAGACACCAAAAAGCAGUCUGAGCCAUUGGAAAUAAUCUUGCCUGCCCCAGAACGUACCAGGGACAUUACUGGUCUCAGAGAGGCCACUGAAUACGAAAUCGAACUCUAUGGAAUAAGCAAUGGAAGGCGAUCCCAACCAGUCAGUGCCAUAGCAACAACAGCCAUGGGUUCUCCAAAAGAAAUCAUUUUCUCAGACAUCACUGAAAACGCAGCCACUGUCAGCUGGCUGUCACCCACUGCCCAGGUGGAGAGCUUCCGGAUCACCUAUGUGCCCAUUACAGGAGGUCCACCGUCCACAGUAACUGUGGAUGGAAGCAAGACUCAGGCCAGGCUGCAGAAACUCAUCCCUGGCAUGGAAUACAUUGUCAACAUCAUUGCCACCAAGGGCUUUGAGGAAAGUGAGCCUCUCUCAGGGUCACUCAUCACAGCUCUGGAUGGUCCAUCUAACCUGGUGACAGCCAACGUCACUGAUUCGGAAGCCUUGGCCAUAUGGCAGCCAGCCAUCGCCACUGUAGACAGUUAUGUCAUCUCCUACACAGGAGAAAGAGGGCCGGAAAUCACACACACGGUAUCCGGGAACACGGUGGAGUAUGCGCUGACGGGCCUCAAGCCUGCCACGGAGUACACACUGAGGGUCUUCGCUGAGAAAGGCCCCCGGAAGAGCUCCCCCAUCACCACCAAGUUCACCACAGACCUCGAUUCUCCAAGAGACUUGGCUGCCACUGAGAUUCAGUCAGAAACUGCCCUGCUUACCUGGCGACCUCCUCGGGCAUCGGUCACUGGUUAUCUCUUGGUCUAUGAAUCUGUGGACGGAAAGGUGAAGGAAGUCGUUUUGGGUCCAGAUACCACCUCCUACAGCCUGGCCGACCUGAGCCCAUCCACCCACUACACAGCCAAGGUGCAGGCACUGAAUGGGCCUCUGAGGAGCAAGUUGAUCCAGACCAUCUUUACCACAAUUGGACUCCUGUACCCAUUCCCCAAGGACUGCUCCCAGGCAAUGCUGAAUGGAGACACAACGUCUGGCCUCUACACCAUUUACCUGAAUGGUGACAAGGCCCAGGCACUGGAAGUCUUCUGUGACAUGACCUCGGAUGGGGGUGGAUGGAUCGUGUUCCUGAGACGCAAAAAUGGCCGUGAGGACUUCUACCGGAACUGGAAGGCCUAUGCUGCUGGGUUUGGAGACCGCAGAGAAGAAUUCUGGCUUGGGCUGGACAACCUCAGCAAAAUCACAGCCCAAGGACAUUAUGAGCUCCGGGUGGACCUGCAAGACCAUGGGGAAACAGCCUUUGCCGUCUAUGACACGUUCAGUGUGGGAGAUGCUAAGACUCGCUACCGGCUGAAGGUGGAGGGUUACAGCGGGACAGCAGGUGACUCCAUGGCAUACCACAACGGCAGGUCCUUCUCCACUUACGACAAGGACACAGACUCAGCCAUUACCAACUGUGCCCUGUCCUACAAAGGGGCUUUCUGGUAUAAGAACUGUCACCGUGUCAACCUGAUGGGCAGAUAUGGAGACAAUAACCACAGUCAGGGUGUCAACUGGUUCCAUUGGAAAGGCCACGAAUACUCCAUCCAGUUUGCUGAGAUGAAGCUAAGACCCAGCAACUUCAGAAAUCUGGAAGGAAGGCGCAAACGGGCAUGAAUUCCAGGGACAACUGUGUGAGGAGUAGAGCCCAGA